GUGGCUGAGAUGGACCCUCAGGACCCCCUUCAGCCACAGUCUUCUGGGGCACUCCCACUCUUGUGGCCAGAGACCCUCCCUGUGCAAGAUCACAAGUGGGUGUCUGCAGCUCUUUUUAAGGUUGGAGCAAGUGGAAAGCUGGAGCUGCGUGACUCCCUACAGCUUUGGUACAAUCCUCCACCACCAGCCCUGUUGUACCACCAGGCUCCCACCCCUGACCGUUUCUUCUCCCACCGUCUCUUCCUGUGGAUGCCAUAUAGGCUGUGGAAGGUGCGGUUUGUUUGUACCAACCCUAGCUGUACAAGACAUCCACUAGCUGGGGGUGGCUUGCACAGGAGAGUCAGGAAGGUGCUAGACAUAGACUGCUUCUAUGUCCUUGCUGCAGAGACACUGAUCUGCAGCAAGUGCAGAAGCAGCUAUGUCUCUACUGGUCAGAACAUCCUCCAGCAACUUGACCUGGCCCACCGAUCCGAGUUCAGGGUCAUCCUUACACGCAAGUACGCCUGUGACAUACGUGUCAUUCGCCUCAUGCGUGAACGAACACUUGGAAAUGGGCCUGCACGAAUCGUCAGACAGCUGAAGGAAAACCACAGUGAGAUAAACUCCAGCAAAAUGUAAAAUAUUAUCAUCUAUCCCAUCCAUUAU